AUGAGGUCUCUGGUUUGGCCUAGCCUGGAUCAGGAGGUCUCUGGUUUGGCCUGGCCUGGAUCAGGAGAAAGUGCUCGCUUCCUGGUUGAAGGGUCCGUGUUGCGGCUGUCAAAGCCCAGAGUCAGGGUCCAGUCCCAGUCCAGACCCGGUCCUCCCCAGUCCUCCCAGCUCCGCACAUACCGCGCAGCAGUCCCGAGCAUGUGGCUCAGGCGGGCCCUCAGGCGGACGGCCCUGGUCGGAGGGGGAGCCGUGGUCACAGCCUUUGGCCUCUCGCAGCUGCUGGAGUACAGGAAGAGACAGCCUGGAGUGGCUCGGCUCGCUCACGUCGCCGCUGAGGAGGACCUGAAGGUGCCGUUUGCCAAUGAGCUGCCCUCUCGCGGAGCACAGCUGUCUGCUCUGAGUGGCACCGAGGAGUUCGAUGUGCUGAUCGUGGGAGGAGGGGCCACGGGGGCCGGCUGUGCCUUAGACGCCGUCACACGCAACCUGAAGACGGCGCUGGUGGAGAGGAGCGACUUCUCCUCGGGCACCAGCAGCCGGAGCACCAAACUGAUCCAUGGAGGAGUGCGCUAUCUGCAGAAGGCCAUCAUGAAGCUGGACUACGAGCAGUACAUGAUGGUGAAAGAGGCCCUCCAUGAACGGGCCAAUCUGCUGGAGAUCGCCCCGCACCUGUCGGCCCCGCUGCCCAUCAUGCUGCCGGUUUACAAGUGGUGGCAGCUGCCUUAUUACUGGGCCGGCAUUAAGAUGUACGACCUGGUGGCAGGGAUCCAGUGCCUGAAGAGCAGCUACGUCCUGAGCAAGUCCAAGGCCCUGGAGCUCUUCCCCAUGCUCAAGAAGGACAAGCUGGUGGGGGCCAUUGUGUACUAUGAUGGACAACACAACGACGCCCGCAUGAACCUGGCCAUCGCCCUGACAGCAGCGCGUCACGGAGCCGCCGUCGCCAACUACACAGAGGUGGUUUCUCUGCUGAAGCGCACAGACCCCAAGUCCGGAGAGGAGAAGGUGUGCGGGGCGCGCUGUCGGGACGUGCUCACGGGAGACGAGUUUGACGUCAAGGCCAAGUGUGUGAUCAACGCCACGGGGCCCUUCACAGACUCUCUGAGGAAGAUGGACAAACAGGAGACCCCCAACAUCUGCCAGCCCAGCGCGGGGGUCCACAUCGUCAUCCCGGGGUACUACAGUCCAGACAACAUGGGUCUGCUGGAUCCUGCCACCAGCGACGGCCGAGUCAUCUUCUUCCUGCCCUGGGAGAAGAUGACGAUCGCAGGGACCACGGACACGCCCACCAACGUGACCGCCCACCCCAUCCCAGGAGAGGAGGACAUCAACUUCAUCCUGAGGGAGAUCCGCAACUACCUCAGUCCUGACGUCGAAGUCCGCAGGGGUGAUGUCCUGGCCGCCUGGAGUGGGAUCCGGCCCCUGGUCACAGAUCCAAACUCCAAAGACACUCAGUCCAUCUGCCGCAACCAUGUGGUCAGUGUGAGCAGCAGCGGAAUGGUCACCAUCGCAGGAGGGAAGUGGACCACGUACCGCUCCAUGGCGGAGGAGACUCUGGACGCAGCCGUGGAGGCACACCAGCUGAAAGCCCAGCCCUGCAGGACGGUGGGACUGAUGCUGGAGGGGGCCCGAGGCUGGACUCCCACGCUCUACAUCCGCCUGGUGCAGGACUACGGCCUGGAGGUGGAGGUGGCGCAGCACCUGGCCGCCACAUACGGCUCGCGGGCCUUUGACGUGGCAAAGAUGGCGAUGGUGACCGGGCAGAGGUGGCCCAUCGUGGGUCGGCGGCUGGUGUCCGAGUUCCCUUACAUCGAGAGUGAGGUGAUGUAUGCCAUCAGGGAGUAUGCGUGCACGGUCAUCGACGUGAUCGCUCUCCGCACUCGCCUGGGCUUCCUGAACGUGCAGGCGGCGGACGAGGCGCUCCCUCGGAUCGCACAGAUCAUGGCCAAAGAGCUGAGCUGGAGCGACGCCAGGACCAAGGCGGAGCUGGAGGCUGCUAAGCAGUUCCUGUACCAUGAGAUGGGCUACAGGGCCCGGGACGAGCAGCUGUCCAAGACCUCAGAGAUCAACCUCGACUACCAAGAAGUCAACAGGUACAAGAAGCGCUUCCACAAGUUUGACAAGGAGGGCAAAGGCUUCAUCACCACCGUGGACGUGCAGCAGGUGCUCCAGAGCAUUAACGUUCACAUCGAUGAGAACGCGCUGCACGAGAUUCUGAACGAGGUGGAUCUCAACAAGAACGGACAAGUGGAGGAAGACGAGUUCCUGCAGCUCAUGAGUGCCGUGAAGAAGGGGCAGGUCUCUGACAGCCGCCUGGCGAUCCUGCUCAAGACUGCGGAGGAGACUCUGAACCAGAGGGAACCAGUGAGCGUGGACCGCAGCGGGGGAGGGGUGUGA